GACAGAGCCUGGCUCUGCUCGUGGCAGGGUGAGGCACAGGGCUGGGAGAGCACAUGGGAAAUCCUGCACAGACACAUGGAAGCAUGUUGGCUUGGGAUUGAGGACUGAAUACUGGGAUAGGGGUCUGGAGAGGUGCAGGAAAUUCAUGGCUAUUCCAGCUGUGGAUAGGCAGGGUCAUGAGCAACCUUGUCUGGAUGCAGAUGCUCAGAGCAGAAGACUGGACCUGAGGCCUCCUGAGGUGCCUUCCAGACACAUUUCAUGGACCAUUUUAUGAUUGUUUUUGACACUUUUUGUGAGUUUGCCUUCAGCUCUCUGGGUGCUGAUGGGGGAUGAGGAAAAGCCAUGUCCUGUGUUUAGCUUGUCCUGUCAGUGCCAAGGGAGCCCUGGUGAUUUCUGUGUCUGAACCCUUCAGGCUGUUUGACAGACCAUCCACUUCCACUCUGAAUUGAGGGAGGAGCUGCCUGACACUGGGACAGCCUGAGGAUUGGCAAGCCAAAUUUAUGGGAUUAAGCUGUGCUUUACUUCUCUAUCAGGCUUUUAUCUGUUAAAGCUUGUUUUAAGUACAGUGUUUUGCUGGAACACUUGGGAGGCAGAGACCCAGUGGUGUUUCUGAUCCUUUUAGGACUGGGAUUGGCUUAGGAGCUGAUGGACAGGAAUUUUCCUAUUUUUUUGCCUGUGUAGUCUCUGGGAUGUCCCAGCUGGGUGCUGUCCUGGAACUGUUUUCCCAGGAACUUGUAUUUUUUUGUGGGUAAACAUUGAGUAUGCAUUGGGUGAGGCAUCUGCCUCUCCCUCUCUGUCCUCUUCCUUUUCACCACAAGGAAGGAAGUAAAAAUUUCUACUUCAAAGUGGAAAAACCUAUGGAUGCAAGCUCCGUGAAAAUUUAGUUUUAAAUUUGAAAGUUGACUGGUAAAAGUCUGGAAAUUUGUGCUUUGUUGCUCUGUAACAAGCCCAUUUUUUCCUCCUUACAGCUGCAGACAUCCAGCCUGGAAUUGUCCCUUGACACAGGCAGAGAUGGCCCACACGUGCCGGGGCACCAUCAACCUGUCCACAGCCCACAUUGACACGGAGGACUCGUGCAACAUCGUGCUGUCCAACGGGGGCAGGACCUACCACCUGAAGGCCAACUCGGAGGUGGAGAGGCAGCGCUGGGUCACGGCCCUGGAGCUGGCCAAGGCCAAGGCCAUCCGCAUGAGGAACAACCAGUCAGAUGACUCGGGUGACGAGGAGCCCGCCUCGCAGUCAGACAAGAGCGAGCUGCACGGCCCCCUGAAGACGCUGUCGAGUAAGCUGGAGGACCUGAGCACCUGCAAUGAGCUGAUCGCCAAGCACGGCGCGGCCCUGCAGCGCUCGCUCAGCGAGCUGGAGAACCUGCGCCUGCCGGCCGACAGCGGGGAGAAGAUCAAGGCGGUGAACGAGCGCGCCACGCUCUUCCGCAUCACCUCCAAUGCUAUGAUCAACGCCUGCCGUGAUUUCCUGGACUUAGCCGAGAGCCACAGCCGGAAAUGGCAGCGGCUGCUGCAGCAUGAGCGGGAGCAGCGGAUCCGGCUGGAGGAGACCAUCGAGCAGUUAGCCAAGCAGCACAACAGCCUGGAGCGAGCCUGCCGCGGGGCACCCGGCCUGGCCUCGGGCACCGCCAGCACCGCCAGCACCGCCAAGGCAGGGAGUGUGCAGUCUGCCAAAGGAGAGGCCAGUGAUGAAGAUGAGGAGACGGAGUACUUCGAUGCCAUGGAGGACGCACCAGCUUUUAUCACUGUAACCGCAGACCCCAAGCACCACAGGCGUUCGGGCAGCAACCUGAGCGGGGCCAGCGAGGGCCACCCCGAGGACUGGAACCUGGAGGACAGUGUCUUUGAGAGCUCGAAUCAAAGCAGCUACAAUGAAUCCACGGGCAAAGAUCUCCUGCCGAGGAAAAGGAGGCGGAGUCGCAUUCCUGACAAACCCAACUACAGCCUUAACCUGUGGAGCAUCAUGAAGAACUGCAUUGGCAAAGAGCUCUCCAAGAUCCCCAUGCCCGUAAAUUUCAACGAGCCCCUGUCCAUGCUGCAGCGGCUCACAGAGGACCUGGAGUACCACGAGCUGCUGGACAAGGCAGUGAAGUGUGAGAGCUCCACGGAGCAGAUGUGCUUUGUGGCUGCCUUCUCCGUGUCCUCCUACUCCACCACCGUGCACCGCACUGCAAAGCCAUUCAACCCCCUGCUGGGGGAGACCUUCGAGCUGGAUCGCCUGGAGGAGCUGGGAUUCCGAUCCCUCUGCGAGCAGGUGAGCCACCACCCCCCAGCAGCCGCCCACCACGUGUACUCCAGGCGAGGCUGGACGUUGUGGCAGGAGAUCACCAUUGCCAGCAAGUUCAGGGGCAAAUACCUCUCCAUCAUGCCACUGGGCGCCAUCCACCUGGAGUUCCACUCCAGUGGGAAUCACUAUGUCUGGAGGAAAGUCACCUCCACUGUGCACAACAUCAUCGUGGGCAAGCUCUGGAUCGACCAGUCUGGUGAAAUAGAGAUUGUUAACCAUAAGUCCAAAGAUAAAUGCCAGCUGAAAUUUACCCCCUACAGCUACUUCUCCAGGGAUGUUCCCCGCAAGGUGACAGGAGUGGUGAGUGAUGCCGAUGGCAAAGCCCACUAUGUCAUGUCUGGCACAUGGGAUGAGAAGAUGGAGUGCUCCAAGAUCAUCCACAGCAGCCACGGCAGCAGCAGCACCGAGGGCAAGCAGAAAACUGUGUACCAGACACUGUCCCCAAAGGUCCUGUGGAGGAAGUACCCUCUGCCGGAGAAUGCAGAGAACAUGUACUUCUUCUCGGAGCUGGCGCUGACGCUGAACGAGCCCGAGGAGCGCGUGGCGCCCACGGACAGCCGGCUGCGACCCGACCAGCGGCUCAUGGAGAGCGGCCGCUGGGACGAGGCCAACGUGGAGAAGCAGAGGCUGGAGGAGAAGCAGAGAGCCGUGCGCCGGCGCAGGGAGGCCGAGGCUGUGGAGGCCCUGGAGGAAGGGAAGGACUACGAGGGCUACACCCCGCUGUGGUUCGAGCGCAAGGUGGACGCCGUCACCGGCGAGCUCAUCUGUGUCUACAAGGGCGGCUACUGGGAGGCCAAGGACAAGCAGGACUGGAGCGUGUGCCCCGACAUCUUCUGAGCCCCCAGUGCUGCAGGGCCACCCCUGGGACAGCAGCACAGCCCGAGGGACAGCGAGGACACGCUGGCAGCGUCCUGCCGGGCCGACAGAGUCAAUACAUGCAGAGAUCCAAACAGGGAUUCCAAACCUAUUUUUUUAUGCACUAAUAAAUAGCACCCUUUUUUUUUUUUUUUUUUGGGGGGGGGGGUCGUUUUGUUUUGUUCUUUUUUUUAAAUGAUGGCUUUUCCAGAGACUGCUUAGGUGGAGCUGGGUUGGGUUUAGGAUGUUCAUCUCUGUCAGGAGUUGCUGCCUAUAUCCUCCAGUGCCUCGGCUCUGGUGGCCAAGACGUCGACUUCCAAAGAUGCCCGGGUUGUGGGAAUGCUGUGCUUGUGUGAGCUCUUCUCUUUGCCAUUUGUUUUUUUGGUUUUUUUUUGGGACUCCAUUUCUGUGUGGACUUUAUGGAAUUAUUUUUUUAAAAAAA